AUGGUUGUGGCUACUAUCAAAUGCGUUGUGGUUGGAGACGGUGCUGUCGGCAAGACAUGUCUAUUGAUUUCGUACACCACCAACAAGUUCCCCUCCGAAUAUGUCCCGACCGUCUUCGAUAACUAUGCGGUUACAGUGAUGAUCGGAGAUGAGCCAUAUACCCUGGGACUCUUCGAUACCGCAGGACAAGAGGAUUAUGACCGUCUACGACCACUAUCAUACCCUCAAACUGAUGUGUUUCUCGUCUGUUUCUCCGUUACAUCCCCAGCAUCUUUCGAGAACGUCCGUGAGAAAUGGUUUCCUGAGGUCCAUCACCACUGUCCAGGCGUUCCUUGCCUGAUUGUGGGCACCCAAACCGACUUGCGCGACGACCCCAGCGUACGAGAAAAGCUGGCCAAGCAGAAGAUGCAGCCCGUGCGAAAAGAGGACGGUGACCGUAUGGCAAAGGAUCUGGGUGCUGUCAAAUACGUCGAGUGUUCCGCGUUGACUCAAUAUAAACUUAAGGACGUGUUCGAUGAGGCAAUCGUCGCUGCGCUGGAACCAGCCCCAAGUAAGAAGCCUAAGUGUGUCAUCUUUUAA